UCAGAAGAACCACCACCGCCACCGCAGAUACCCUACUACACCACCACCAUCACCACCCCCAUCACUACAUUCACUGAUACCAGCAACGAUCCAAAAUGUCGGUCGCCCGUCGCGACUCAUUCGACGUGGACCCAGUGGACUGGACGACCGAGCAGGUAAUCUCGGUUCUAUCAGAACACCUGCGAGGCGAAGACAAGGCCACCCUGCGCGCACACGAUGUCGACGGUCGCACUCUCUUGUUCACAGUCACCCUCGAGAACUUGAAGACCGAUCUCGGAAUCACAUCUCUCAACCCUCGGGGGAGGAUCAUGGAGAUUGUUACGCAGCUGAAGAGACGCAGUUACAAGUUCUCUCAGUACGAGGAGGAGAGAAUGGGUCACGAGCUUUCCACAGCACAGCGCAUCUAUGGCUUCGAACCGAAGCCAAGUCAUGAUGAGCCUUUGAAGCUGGCGCCGGACUGGAAUCUCGAAGAUUUUUCGCCGGUGGUUAGAAUGGACGCGAUGGCUCCGUGGGCUGCCGUACGUGACGAAUCAAUGGGAGUCAUGAGGAUGGUGGAGUGGCAGGGGCAGAAGAUUUUUGUGCAGGCGACACGAAUGGAUAAUCCGUCGGCAGGCAGCGGAGAUGAUCACAUGGUUGUCGAGACUGAGGACGCCAUGGAGGAGGUUAGCUCUGCCAAUCAUAUCGGCGACGAGGAGAUGUCCGAUGCUCCCGGCGGAGAGACUGCACAUCCACCACAACCACCACCGUCUCCACCGCCGGCGCCAGCAGCACCACUCGUCGAGCAGCGCACCGGGCUAAAACGCAUCCAACCGGUCUUGGUGGACCCAGUUCAACCGGUUGUUGAGAGGAGUGUCUCGCCCCCCAAGACAGCGUCACCGACUCAAGCGGCAAGGCCAGCAGGUGCAAUGCGCAAGCGCUUUUUGCCGCUAAAGGCGGAGAGGAUAGACACCCUGCUGUACACCGAUGAUGUUGGGACGGAUAUCGACGUGGACCAGGAGGAAGAUGAAUUUGUCAUCUCACGUGACCAACAGCAACACCCGGGCAUGGAAUUGUAUGCUAACCGCUGCAUCCGUCAUUUGCUGAAGGUCAACGGCUUGAUCAUUGAGAAUUGGGAUUUGGGCUUCGCUACUAGAGCUGCCAGUACGGAGUUUAUACGGACUCAGCACAAAGAUCAUUUACGGAUAGCCAUUAAACAUUAUAAUGGCGAGGCCUACCUGAGGAAGCACGAACAACAGUCCUUCACAGUAUUUGAUGUCGAGUCGCCGAGUCACGUUCGAGUCCAUCGCGAAAACUCUGAGUCUCUCUCUCUGCGUUGGCCUUCCGGUCCGAUCCAGCAUGCAGGGGCCACCUCGGUCCAGAUCGUUCGGCACGCCGAUAAUGGAGUUGAUCCGAAGUUGGACCCUAACGGCAACCGAGAAUUUAACUACCUCGCGAAAUGGCUGAACAUCGAUGGUGCUGAUGACGAUGUGCCCCCAUGGGGCGAAUCUGGAGAUGAGGGCGAAUACGAUAUGGAUGUUUGGAAGGAGAUGGAGGCCGAAAGAGGGCCAAAGGAGGGGGUAGUGUCCAAACGUCGUUCUGUCGCAGCUCUUCAGGAGGGAGAAUUGCAGGAUGUGGUCGAUGAGGCCAUCCAGGAACUCAUUCGUCAAUGGAAGCUCACCAAGCUGCCCGUGCUCGAGGCCGAGAAGGCGUACCACAUAUGGAGGGAUGCAAAGUGGUCCAAGUGCUUAGAGCGGGAGCGGGAAAUUCGCGAAGCAAAUGAUCGCAUAGACAAACUGGAAUCCCGCAUUUUUAAGAUGUGGCCCGCGUUUUUGAAUGCCGGCUACCCCAACAAGGACUGUGCGCGUAAAGUUAUAAAGGGAAACCUACAAGUCACCGUCGAGGAGAUAGAAUAUACCAGGUGGAAAAUGGCGGUGAUGAGGCGCCCAGAUGUACCGGCUAGGCCACUGCCCGCGGGUAGGAAAGUUAGUCAGAGAGACGGCAAGAUGACUGAUAGAAGUUCCAGUGAUGAGAAUGGAGACGAAUCUCCUAGAUCCCCUGACAGAAAUCCGGAUGAUGAGGACGGAGCCGGUUCCCUUGGCAGCGAUUCGGAUACCAAUGCGGAAAGCCCCAGUGAUGAAGACCCAAUGGAUGAUUUCAUUGUGGAAGAUGAAGAAAUCAUACCUAUCGGGGCCGAUCACGACCUCCUUGAUCUCGACCUCGACUACGAUGAAGAUGACGAUGGUAUUGUGAGUCAACGCCGCCGUCGACCCCCCACACCCAAUUGUGCAGACACGGACAUGGAGGAUAGCGACCCAAAUAAGGACGAGACGGCGACCGAGAGGGCCAAUCCCAAGAACGUAGCGCCGCUUGCCAGCUCUUACGCGCCCCGUGGCAGCUCGUCUCCACAGCGGCACAGGACUUUCAUCGAUCUAACGACGCCUAGUCCAAGUCCAGGCCCCGAACAAGACCCCAAGCAUGCAAUACCCGCUGUUGCAUCGAAGCCCACUGAAUCGCGCAGGACAUCCCCCCAAGGCAACGCGGCCCGGAAUCAACGACUGCGGGAUUUGCUUUCUUCGCCGGGAACGCCCGCCGGUGAUCCCCACUAUAAUUUGCUCCGUGAGCUCUGCGUUACUGGUGAUGUUACGCUCAACUGGCAAUUGAAAAUGAGGCUAGAUGAGCUGAAGGCCACCAACUUCGAAGGGUGGUUUCGAGAAAUAAACUUCUGCUUGAGGGGGCUCCGACAAACGACACCCGGAAUUGAGCACGAAAUGUUCCUUCGGAAAGCUGUGUGCCGCUUAUACAUCGCAUGGCGGUUCUGCGAUCCAGAAGCUAAGGGAGAUCAAAAGCUUACGACGGACAAGAAAAAUGAUCUAGGGAAAAUAAAGACGUUUACGAAGUUCAUUCAGGAUCUCGAUCGGAUCUUGGAAACGAUCUUGAAAAUUCCUAACGACAAAGGACCUGGUUCGUCGGAGCGUCAUCCGAAACAAGCGGAUACACCCCUUGAUAAGAUGGACAUAGACAGAGACGACAAUGUUCCCGUCGGCCCUCGAGGGCGCGGUCACAAGCGCCGCCUAGACGUCGACAACAUGGACGAUAGUGAGAAUAACAAGGAUAUUCCCGCUAGUACCCGCCAGAUUCGUAGGCGCAAGGAACUGGUGGAGGACAAAGUUGCAACUCAAACUCAGCUUGAACUCCACUCUGUCCACAAGAAUCUCGCAAGGAGGCGACAGGCACUGACGAAGGGGGGUGCCAUCAACAACGGAAAAGUGACCAUCAACUUCGGACACUUGAAAAAAUUCCGGGAUAUCGAUGUCCGUAAAGACAUCGCCCAACAUCUCAAACCACAUCAGGUUAAGGGAAUUCAAUUCUUGUGGACUACCAUGGUGGAGGCCGGACUGAAGACAGGAAAGCCAACAGGCGCGCUUUUGGCACAUACGAUGGGAUUGGGAAAGACUCUGCAGGUGAUUACGUUUCUCUACACUCUCGCUGAGGCUGGAGCAUCUGAGGACAAGCGCGAUCAGAUUCCUAAGGAGCUCCAGAAAUCCAAAACUCUCAUCAUGUGCCCCCCUACAUUAAUCGAUAAUUGGGUGGAUGAGUUCAACAACUGGCUCCCAUACGACGAAGGCCCCCCGUCAAAGUUGCGCGAAGAGUUCAUUGGAAAGAUUUACUGUAUCACAACGGCGGUAUCCCCACCCGAGAGAUUGAAGUCUCUAGGGGAGUGGGAUCGAGAUGGCGGGGUCCUCCUCAUAGGAUACUCCAUGUUUCGAGAUUACAUCUCUAAGAAUAGUACUAUCUGCGAUAUUCUACUCAAAGGUCCGAAUAUCAUUGUCGCCGAUGAGGCUCAUUGUCUCAAGAACAAGAACUCUCAGCUCAACCAGGCUGCCAACUUGUUUACGUCCAAGAGCAGGAUAGCGAUGACGGGAUCCCCGAUUUCGAACCACCUGUCGGAGUAUUAUGCAAUGAUACAGUGGAUCCACCCUGGCUACCUUGGGAAGGAAUACGACUUCAAACAUAAAUUCAUGGUUCCAAUCAUGGAUGGGUUGUACUGCGACAGUACUCGCGGGGAGAAACGGCACAGUCUCAAACUGUUGCAGGUCUUGAAGUCGGAUCUGGCUCCACUGAUCAGCAGAGCCGACAUCGACGUCAUCAUGUCGGAAAUGCCACUAAAGACCGAGUUCAUGCUGUCUCUUCCUCUAACUGAGCUGCAAACGAAGAUGUAUUCCCGAUUCGUGGCUGAUCGAAAUUUGGUGUCGAGUUCGGCGGGUUUUUUCGACGUCAUCCACCUGUUGUCGUUGAUAUGCAGCCACCCGAUACUGUUCGUUAAGUGCUUAGAGGAACGGGAAAAACCCAAGUUGGAAGAUGAUAUGGUGAAACUGAGGCUUAAUAAAAAAGCACUUCCGCCGGCGGAGCAGCAGGAGGAGGAUGAUGACAUGCCGGUUGACGACAAAAUCGACGGUAAAAUCGUAGCUGUCGGCGACCCCGGCAAAGUAAUUGCUUGGGCGCGCCCGAUGCUUGAUGAGAUGGUUGGUAGCAAAAUCGACCACAGCUAUAAGCUACUUGCUUUUCGUGAAAUUCUGCUGUAUUCGAUCGCCCUUGGUGAUAAAGUUCUUGUCUUUAGUCACUCAAUCCCUACGCUGGAUCUUCUCGAGUCGGUUGUCACUAAUACCAAGGUGAACGGCAAGAACCUGAGCUGGUCCCGGCUGGAUGGCAAGACUGCGAUGGGCACUCGUCAGAAAGCGACGAAAGAUUUCAAUGCUGGUGGCUGCGACGUUUUCCUGAUCUCAACACAGGCUGGAGGAUUGGGCCUCAAUCUCCCAGGCGCCAACAGAGUGAUAAUUUUCGACUACAAGUGGACACCGAUGUGGGAACAACAAGCUGUUGGAAGGGCUUACCGUCUUGGCCAGAAGAGACAUGUGUACGUUUAUCGCUUCCGCGCCGGUGGAACCUUUGAGGACUCCCUUUGGAAUACGUCACAGUACAAGGCGCAGCUCCAGAGCCGUGUCGUGGACAUGAAGGCGCCAAUGCGAGAAGCCUUUCGCAAAGGAAAGGAGCAUUUCCGCCCUCCGGCUGAAGUUUUGAAGCAGGAUCUACGAGAGUUUGAGGGAAAGGAUCUGGUGCUCGAUCGUAUGAUCAAGGAGGAGGGGUACGUGUAUGACAUUGCAUAUACCGAGACUUUCCGGCCGGACAACGACGAUACUCUCACCCCCGAAGAGCUCCAGGAGGCCGACGCCAUCCUCAAGAGUGAGCAGGAGGCGCGUGAGCAGGAGGCGCGCAACUCGCUAUUGCAGCAGAGUGUCGCCCCACCGCCGACGUUGCCCAUGUUCGGAAACCAGAUGUCUAUGGCCAAUCCAUUCCCCGCGACACCCGCUCCCGUGGCUCGAAUGGCAGUGCCGACUGUGCCGACUUCUGCUCCCGUCGCUCGAAUGCGCACGCCAGUGUCUAGUCGAAUGCCAAUGCCAGCAUCGCUGGCGUCAGGCCGCCUAAACCGCCCAGGCCUGAAUGGCUCGAAUGCCCCGAAUGCCCCGAAUGGCUCGAAUGGACCGAAUCCGACACACCCUCCAGGUUUCAAUAGAUUUGGCUUGCAGUUUAGGCCGGGUUCGCUUCCAGGUGUUUUUAGGGGUCCGAGAUGAUUUCAGUCGUCCGGUCAUGGUUGUAGUCAGCUGGCGUGAGUACUCUGGUGUUCAUCUGGAGAGGGGAUAAGUGGACAUUACUUUCAUUUCCUUUCAUUUCCUUUGUAUCUUGAUAGGCUUCUUACUACAUUGAUGGGCGUACUGGCUUCUUUCUUCU